AUGGAAACAACUGAAAGAGGAAAGGGAACUUUACAUGCACUGAACCGCGGAAAUUAUAAAAUUUUUAUGGGAGAACAACACAAAAGACAAACAACAGAAAAUGCUCAAAAACAAGGAGAAAAAGCCGAAGUUAUUGUUCCACUUAAUAAAUGUUCCCCUCCACGUUCACCACCCAAAGUCAAACCACCUCCUACACCAAAGUAUACAUAUAUUUAGAG